AACACAAAAGAAAAAAAUUUAUUUUUGAGACAGUCUUACUAUGUUGCCCUUGGUAGAGUGGCUGGCACCCUAACCACUGAGCACGGGUGCUGAGCCUUUUUUUUUCUUUGAACAGAGUCUUACUUUGUUGCCCUCUGUAGAGUACCAUGGUGUCAUAGUUAAUGGCAAUCUCAAGCUCUUGAACUCCAGCGAUUCUCUUGCCUUAGCCUCCUGAGUAUCUGGGACUAAACAGGCACCCGCCACACCGCCUGCUAUUUUUAGAGACAAGGUCUUGCUCUGGCUCAGGCUGGUCUUGAACCUGUGAGCUCUGGCAAUCCACCUGCUUUGGCCUCCCAAGUGCUGGGAUUACAUGAAAAAAAAAAUUUUUUUUUUUGAGACAGAGUCUCAAGCUGUCACCCUGAGUAGAGUGCCCUGGCGUCACAACGCAUAGCAACUUCAAACUCUGGGCCUAAGCAAUUCUCUUGCCUCAGCCUCCCAAGUAGCUGGGACUAUAGGCGCCCACCAUAACGCCCAGCUAUCUUUUGGUUGUAGUUGUCAUUGUUGUUUGGCCGCCCAGGCUGGAUUCAAACCUGCCAGCUCUGGUAUAUGUGGCUGGCCCCCUAGCUGUCUGAGCUACAGGCACCGAGCCAAAAAAAAAUGUUUUAAACAUAGAAAGAAAUAUUUGUUGUGUGAUAACAGUGAGGUAUAUGGUGACCCCCAACUUUCCCCCCCAUAUACAAUUCUCCCUUCCUCAAACAUUUCCAAUAAAGGAAGGUAACUCAUUUUGUCCUCCUAGGUAGCCCUGUGAGAUAGUUGUCAUUGUUGUUAUCAUUAUUAUUAUUAUUGCCUUCAUUUUACUGAUGGGCAUCUGAAACCCAAAUGCUUAAGAAUUGUCUUGCCCAAGGUUACACAGUUAGUUAGCCUCAGGUUUCUCAUCUGUGAAGAGGGGCUAAUAGGACUUACCCCAUAGGGUUAUUGCCAGAAUUAAAUAAGAUGAUGUUUUUUAAGCUUGGUGCCUGAAAGCAUACAGAAAGCCCACAAUAAAAGACAGUUUCUGGCAUUGUUGGGUCAUUGGAGUUUUGAGAUGACUGUUAUUACUGAAUUACUGAAUAAUGAAUAGAUCAUUGGAGGUUAGAGUGGAGUCAGGAAUCCCAUUAGGAGGCUGCUGUUGAGUUCUAGAGGAGAGUUGGUGAUGGCUUGUACCUAAAUUCUAGUUAUGAGGAUGGAGGGGAAGAGGCAAAUUGCAGUUAUUUAAGAGCUAGCGUGGCAGGAGUUACCUAAUUAACUGACGCAUCCAGGAUAAUUCCCAGUUUCUUAUCUGGGUACAUAGAUGGUGAGGCUGUCGCAGAGAGAAAAAGACUAGGGAGAGGCUCGGCGCCUGUAGUACAGUGGUUACGGCACCAGCCAUAAGCACCAAGGCUGGUGGGUUCGAACCCGGCCCAGGCCAGCUAAACAACAAUAACUGCAACAACAACAACAACAAAAAAUAGCCGGGUGUUGUGGUGGGCACCUGAAGUCCCAGCUACUCGGGAGGCUGGGGCAAGAAAAUCGCUUAAGGCCAAGAGUUGAAGGUUGCUGUGAGCUGUGACACCACGGCACUCUACUGAGGGCUACAUAGUGAGACUCUAUCUCAAAAAAAAAAAAGACUAGGGAGAGUCAGGUUGGAGGGGAAAGUGGUGAAUUCAGUUUGGGAACCUCAAACUCAGCACAUGUCCUAGUAGUUCACUGUGCCUCACUGUGCACUGUCGCUCAGCUUCUGGGGAGGUAUCAAGCAGGCAGUAACAGAAAAGUGGUGAGGGCUAGCAAGAGAUAAGGAAGCUGGCAACAUUUAGAUGGCAUUGAGCUGUGGGAGAUGUACACAGUCCAAGGAUGAGGAGGAUAAGGCCCAUCAGGGAUGGGGAGAGAGACAGCCUCUGUGUGAAAAUUAGAUAUAUGUUAGAGAGGCGGGUAGUAAACCAAGAACAUAUUGCUCUUGAAAUUCACGAGAAGGAAAAGUUUAAAAAAGAGGAAGAGAGCCACAAAGUCAAAAGCUUUACUGAGAUCAAGCAAGAUAAGGAUAAAUAUUGGACACUGGAUUCAGCAAACAGGGAGGUCACUGGCGACCUUGUCCACAGUAGUCAGGGGAGUGGUGGGUACAGAAACUUGGCCAGGAUGGGAGGAGUGGGGUGGCUGUGUGAGGAGAUAGAGAUAGAACUUUGGCUCUGAAGGGAAAGGAGAGAGAUAGGGUGAGAAGUGGGAUAGUUGGGAGAGAGACACGGGGUACAAGAGGGGUCAUUUCUUUUUGUAGUUAUUAUAGGCAAUGUUAUAUUGAAAUAUGCAGAAAGUAUAAGUCCUAAGUGUACAGUUCGAUACUAUUUUUUUUUUGGCCAGGCUGGGUUUGAACCCACCACGUCUGGUAUAUGGGGCUGGUGCCCUACUCCUUUGAGCCACAGGCGCCACCCCUAUUGUUUUUUGUUGUUUUUUUUUAGACAGAAUCUCACUUUGUCACCCUUGGUAGAGUGCCAUGGUGUCACAGCUCACAGCAACCUCCAGCUCUUGGGCUUAGGCGAUUCUCUUGCCUCAGCCUCCCAAGUAGCUGGGACCACAGGCGCCUGCCAUAACGCGCUCGCCACAACGCCUGGCUAUUUCUUUGUUGCAGUUUGGCCGGGGUCGGGUUUGAACCUGGUAUAUGGGGCCAGCGCCCUACUCACUGAGCCACUCCAAUUUAGAUACAUUUUUGCAAGGGAACACACCCAUAUAGGAUCAGGAAAUUGAACCCAGAGCAGGGAACAGAACAUUACCAGCACCCUGGAAGACCCGUCACAACAUCUCAAGGGUAACUACUAGUUUGACUUCUAUCACCAUAGGUUAGUUCUUCCUGCUUUUCAAGUUUUCUAUCAAGGGAAUCAUACAUAUGUCCUCUUUUGUGUAUUGCUUUCACUCAACCUUAUGUCUAUUAAAGUCUUCCAUUUUGUUGAGUGUAGUCUAUUUUUCAGGGUUUUUUUGUUUUUGCUGUUUAGUAAUUCUAUUAUUCAUUGAUACACAUUUGAACAAUUUCCAGGGUUUUCAUUUUCUUUCUUUCUUUUUUAUUUUUGAGACAAGAGUCUCACUUUGUUGCCCUCAGUAGAGUGUUGUGGCGUCACAGCUCACAGCAAACUCAAACUCUUGGGCUAGAUAUUCUCUUGCCUCAGCCUCCUAAGUAGCUGGGACUACAGGUGCCCACCACAACGCCCGGAUAUUUUUUGUUGCAGUUGUCAUUGUUGUUUAGCUGGCCCAGGCUGGGUUCGAACCUGCCAGCCUCGGCAUGUGUGGCUGGCGCUGUAACCACUGUGCUAUGGGCACUGAGCCAGGAGGUUUUCAUUUUCUAUGUGGGAGUGACUUUGAGCUUGUUGGAGACUUGAGAAAGUCUAAAACACCCAGAAAGGAGAGAGAUGACUAGGGUCACCUACAAGGACGUACCAGGUGGGAAGUAAGGGCCUGGCUGAGGUUGAGAAUUUCUCUGUGGUACCAGUCAGGCUACUAUGCCAAGAUCUCUGGCAGCUCCCGCCAGCCUGUGUGCAGGUGCAGAGAAGACAGGGAGUUGGUGUCAGCCAGGAAGGAGAGAGGUGGAGAAUGCUGAGGACACUAGCAGCAGACAGGUGAUGGGUUGGUGGCUGUGGAUCCAGGCUAGGGAGGAGGGUGUGCAGGGAAGAGAAGGGAAGAGGUUGCUGGCAGAAAAAAAGAAAGUAGAGGCAGACUAUAAGCUCUGUACAGGGUGGUGUCUGUGAAAUUCUAGGCUGUGUCUCUAGUGACUGGCACUUGUUUGGGAUAGGGUUGUCACUCAAUGAAUAGUUAAAUAAAUGAGCUGAGAGCUCAAGGAAGGAGAGGUUUCAGGUAAAAGGCAGGUGAGGUGGAGAUAAGGGAGAGAGCUUCAGUACUAUGGUCACAGUGGUUGUGAUUUAGGGAAGGGGUAUACCAGGGGCAGGUGAUAAGGCUGGUGUAUUCUUGUGGUGGGAUGGCUAAAAGAACAGAGGGGCCAGUGUUGGGCAGGCAACCCAUGGGAAACCAUAGGUCGCCAAUGUAGGUUGCACAGGUGACCUUUGAGGAAGUAAAGAAGUAGCAUUUCCCAAACUGGGAUCCUUAGACCUCUUACAUCUGAAUCUGUAGGGGGUCCAGGAGUUUAUUGGAAAUGCAGACCUCUGGGCCCACUUCAGCUUCUUGGGGAAAAAGUAAGCAUAAUGUGACAGAAUUAAACCUCAAGUGUUUAUGGGAUGGGGGAGUAUCUAAUCCCUCCAAGGUCAGGGGAUGGGGUACCCAGUGGACAUAGAUGGUGGCCCCUACCAUCCAUGGAGGACACCGGAUAUUCAAGUUAGAGAUAUCAGGGCCUGACAGGCCUAUGUGAGCAGGAGGCCAGAAGGUCCUUAGACUAAGGACCUCAGUCUAAGAUACAGCUUCUGCUAGAAAGGAGGCCCUGGCUGAGCAGUGGGACCUGAUCCUUUUUCCUUGGGCCUGGGAAGAGGGGGAGUGCUCACACUGAGCACCCUGUCUUUGGGAGUAGGAGUGGGGGUGAUGCGUGGGACUGUGGGACUCUCUGUAUCCAGUUCCUUCUCUGUGUGCCUCUUGGAACAACAAAACAUAAUCUCAUACCUUCAGCCCCUCUCUCUUCUCAGCCUCCCACUGAUUAUCAGUGCCCUGUCUCUGCGCUCCUUUGGCACAGUCCACUCCUCAGCUGCCCACUCUCCAGGUUUAGCACUUAGAACCCGACUCUCAGCCCUCCUUGGGUUCACCCCUCUCGACCACUCCUCAAGGGCUAUUCUACGAGACCCAUACUCCACUGUCUCCAAUACAGCCACCUCUGCUCAGCCCCUCAUUCUGGUCCUCCAUAUGCAUCACCAUGCCCACGUCCCUUUACACACACACUGACCCCAGGCGAGAAGACCCCUGUCAGCCCCAAGGGGAAUCCCCAGUCACCCCUCCCGGAGGUCAGGGAGCCAAGGCCCUGUAGCCCCCUAGUCUGGCAGUCCCGCCCCAUCCAGGCAGGCUGAGUCAGGCUGCAGGAACUGGGCGGGGGGCAGUGUCGGGAGGAGCCAAAGGUGGAGCCAGAGCCGCUGGGAGCGAGCGCAGCCCAGCUGGCCUGCACCAAGUGGCCCUGGGCCGGCGGGACGCUCGGGGCGAGCAAGGGGGGCUGUCUGGGACCUACCAUGAACGCCAAGAAGAGAGGGAGCCCCUCGCGGACUCAUUCCAUGAUGUCCUUGUCAGUACGGCCGCAGCGCCGCCUGCUCAGCGCUCGGGUCAGUAGGAGCCAGUCGUUCGCAGGCGUCCUCGGCAGCCACGAGCGGGGGCCCAGGAAUUUACCGGUCUUCAGCCCGCCAGGGCCCCCACGGAAGCCCCCUGCGCUCUCCCGAGUGUCCAGGAUGUUUUCCGUGGCUCACCCAGCCUCUAAGGUGCCACAGCCUGAGCGGCUAGACCUGGUAUAUGCUGCACUUAAGCAGGGCCUAACAGCCUACUUGGAAGUGCACCAGCAGGAGCAGGAGAAGCUCCAGGUGCAGAUAAGGGAGUCCAAGAGGAAUUCCCGCCUGGGCUUCCUGUAUGACUUGGACAAGCAAGUCAAGUCCAUUGAACGUUUCCUGCGACGACUGGAGUUCCAUGCCAGCAAGAUUGAUGAGUUGUAUGAGGCAUACUGUGUCCAGCGGCGACUCCGGGAUGGUGCCUACAACAUGGUCCGUGCCUAUAGCACUGGGUCCCCAGGGAGCAGAGAGGCCCGGGACAGCUUAGCUGAGGCCACUCGGGGACAUCGCGAGUACACAGAGAGCAUGUGUCUGCUGGAGAGCGAGCUAGAGGCACAGCUGGGCGAGUUUCAUCUCCGGAUGAAAGGGCUGGCUGGCUUCGCCAGGCUGUGUGUGGGCGAUCAGUAUGAGAUCUGCAUGAAAUAUGGGCGUCAGCGCUGGAAACUACGUGGCCGCAUUGAGGGUAGUGGGAAGCAGGUGUGGGACAGUGAAGAAACUGUCUUUCUUCCUCUGCUCACGGAAUUCCUGUCUAUCAAGGUGACAGAACUGAAGGGCUUGGCCAACCAUGUUAUUGUGGGCAGCGUCUCAUGCGAGACCAAGGACCUGUUCGCUGCCCUGCCCCAGGUUGUGGCUGUGGACAUCAAUGACCUUGGCACUAUUAAGCUUAGCCUGGAAGUCACAUGGAGCCCCUUUGACAAAGAUGACCAGCCUUCAGCUGCUUCUACUGUCAACAAGGCCUCCACAGUCACCAAGCGUUUCUCCACCUAUAGCCAGAGCCCACCAGAUACACCCUCACUUCGGGAGCAGGCUUUCUAUAACAUGCUGCGGCGGCAGGAGGAGCUGGAGAAUGGGACAGCAUGGUCCGUGUCAUCUGAAUCUUCUGACGACUCAUCCAGCCCACAGCUGUCAGGCACUGCCCGCCACUCAUCAGCCCCUAGGCCUCUGGUGCAGCAACCUGAGCCCCUGCCCAUCCAAGUUGCUUUUCGUAGGCCUGAGAUGCCCAGCUCUAGGUCCUUGGAUGAGGAGGGCACCAUGGCCCCAGCCCUGGCAAAUGGGCAUGCGCCCUAUAGCCGGACUCUGAGCCACAUCAGUGAAGCCAGUGUGGAUGCUGCCUUGGCUGAGGCUUCAGUGGAGGCUGUGGGCCCUGAAAGCCUAGUGCAGGGACCUAGCCCACCUAUAUACUUGGAUCCCACCCACAGGGAGCACCCCAGUCCUAUUCCUCCUGCCCUAGACCUUGGCCACUCUGCCACAAGCUCUUCCCUCAGUACAUCAGGCCCUGCGUCUAAAUUUACAGACCCUGCCACAUCUACACUCCUAGACUCAGUUCAGGAGACCACAGACUCUGGCCCUUUAGAACUGCUAGGCCCUACCCACACCACUACAGAUUCCACCUAUAGUGCCAUAAGCCCUACCCACAGUGGCCCAACCCUCACUAACACUACUGCAAGCUCCACCCACAAGCCCAUGAUCUCUACCCUCACUACUAUAGGCCCUUCCCCUGCUAUCACAGGUGCAGUCCAGACCACUGCAAGCCCCACCCACACCACUGCAAGCCCCACCCACACAACCAAAAGCCCCACUCUCACAACCACAAGCCUUAUCCACACUAUCACAAGCCCCACCCCAGCCUCUACUACCUGCAUUCAGCCAACUCCCAGAGCCCUCAACACUUCUGACCAGAGUCCUUCCUGUUCCAGUUGGAAAUCCCUCACAAACCCUGUGCCAGACCUCCCCAAGUCCAUCAUUCAGAGGCUAACCCCCCCUGCCUCCCCACUAUCCCCUCUGCCCCAGCGUUCAGAACUCACUCUGGCUGUGGCUGCCCAGGCCCCAGUCUCAGGGAAAGCUGGAGAGGCUGGGGACAGGAGGCUGGAGGACGCAUUGGGGGCCCUAACAGCUGCCCUGGAUGACUAUCGUGGUCAAUUCCCUGAGUUACAGGGCCUAGAGCAAGAGGUGACCCGGCUGGAGAGUCUGCUUAUGCAGAGACAAGGCCUAACUCGCAGCCGGGCCUCCAGCCUUAGCAUCACCGUGGAGCAUGCCUUGGAGAGCUUCAGCUUCCUCAAUGAAGAUGAAGAUAAUGAUGGUCCCAGUGACAGUGCUUCUGACCACCCUUCGCAUCUCUACAAUGUCUGCCUCCCCUGCUCGUCCCCAUCAGCUUGUGAGCCUCCAGCCCCUCCUCGUCCCCUUCACCUCACCUUGGACCUACCCUAUGAAGGAGCUCCUUCAGUAUCUCCCCAUGCACCCUGGGUUCCCCAGCACCAGCCCCCUCUGUCUGAACUAUACCUCUCCUGGAGGCCUCGGGUCCUGAACUGUCAGUCCCAGGGUAACCUUCGCCAAUUCCCAGUUGACAGUCCUGCCCAGUCCCUACUCCCUCUGCUGCUGCCCAGGUCACAGCCCAAUGCCCUGGACCCCUUGCAGUCCACUUUUCAUAGACCAUCCUGCCUGCACCCCUAUUCCCACCCAUCCCAGCCCCAGGUGCCCUGGUGGUCCUAGCCAGAGCUGACACAAGGCAUGCUGAUUCCAGAGACCCCCUACUACUUCCUGCUGUUCCCAACCCCUUUCUCCUUCUGGAAGUCCUCUGUGAACUUACCCAUUGUCUCUUUUCUGUGCAUCGUCUAUUCUUCCAUUCUGGGAGGAGGGAAGUUUAAUAAAAAUAAAUACUGUUGACCUGGUAGUGAUGUGUGCUCUUGGGGCGGUUGGCCUCAUUUUU